UGUCGCUGUGUCUGGCACCCGCACACGUUUGUGCUUCGCAUCCCGUCCCAGCACCGGCCGCGGUCGCUGGGAGCAGGAGGCGCUGGGAGCACUGGGACUGGGGCACUGGUGACACUGGGAUGGGAGGAUCGGGGACGGGCACGCGGGAAAGGGGCGUGGGGACAGGGACACCGGGAGCACUGGCAGGAGGCACUGGUGGCACUGGGACAGGGUCGCUGGGAGCACUGGGAGGACGACUGGGGCCCUGUCCCCAAGCUUGAAGCUGCACGGAGGGGCCACCACCACUGUCCCCAGUGUCCCCCAUGUUGCUGCACACACGUGUGUCCCCCCCCCGCUCCCGCCUCAGUUUCCCCAGUAGAGAUUAACCCCUUGCAGCCCAGAGGGGCCGGGCUCACUGGCAGCCCCACGUCUCCUUCGGGUGCCCGGGAAGAUGCUCGGGGCGCUGCUGCCCUUCGUCCUCGUCGUGGUCCCCGGGGUCCCCGGGGGAGUGGUGCAGUCCUUCCCACGGGACCUGGUGCCACGCAGCACCGUGGGGCUGGCAGCCACCGCCGCCUACCCCCGCUUCGGGGGUCUCCGGGGGGACAACGUCACCGCCCAGCUCGGCCUCGACUUCCAGCGCAUGCUGCGCCUCAACGGCACCCUGUUCGUCGCCGCACGGGACCACAUCUACGCCUUCGACCUGGGGCAGGACAAGCGGGUGCUGUACCCUGAGCGGCAGCAUCUCACCUGGGAGACGCGGGACAGAGAGAGCUGCGCCAUGCGGGGCAAGCUGCAGGACGGGUGCCACAACUACAUCCGUGUGCUGGUCCCGCGCGACGCCCGCACCCUCUUCGCCUGCGGAACCAACGCCUUCAACCCCGUCUGCCGCAGCUACGAGGCGCGCAGCCUGCUGCAGGAGGGCGAGGAGGUGAGCGGCCAGGCCCGGUGCCCCUUCGACGCCCGGCAGAGCAACGUCGCCCUCUUUGCUGAUGGCAGCCUCUACUCGGCCACCGUGGCUGACUUCCAGGCGAGCGACGCAGUCAUCUACCGGAGCCUGGGCGCCCGCAGCCCCCCGCUGCGCACCCUCAAGUACAGCUCCCGCUGGCUGCAGGAGCCCCACUUCGUCCAGGCGCUGCCCUACGGCCCCUACAUCUACUUCUUCUUCCGGGAGAUCGCGGUGGAGCUCGGCGCCCCGGGCAAGGUGGCGGUGGCGCGGGUGGCCCGGGUGUGCCGUAACGACCGCGGGGGUUCCCCGCGGGUGCUCGAGCGCCGCUGGACAUCCUUCCUGAAGGCACGGCUGCAGUGCGCCGUCCCCGGGGACGCCGUCUUCUACUUUGACGUCCUGGAGGCCGUGACGCUGCCCCACGCCCUGCACGGGCGCCCUGCUGUCCUAGCCCUCUUCGGCACCCAGCCCAACAGCAUCCCUGGCUCAGCCGUCUGCGCCUUCUACCUGGCGGAUGUGGAGCGGGCGUUCGAGGGACACUUCGCUGAGCCCCGGGGAGCUGCGGGUGCCUGGCCCCCCGUGCCCGAGGAGCGGGUGCCCCGGCCCAGGCCUGGCUGCUGUGCCGGGAUGGGCCCAGCCGCCGCCGUUGUCACCUCCGGGGACUUCCCCGACGAGACGCUGGCCUUUGCCAAGGAGCACCCGCUGCUGCACGGCGCCGUGGCCCCCGCUGGCGGGCGGCCCCUCUUCACCCGCACCGGCACCAGGCUGACCCAGCUGGCAGUGGAUGUGGGCGCGGGGCCACGGGGGAACCACACCGUGCUCUUCCUGGGUGCCGAGGACGGGCGGGUGCUGAAGGUCCUGGCAG